GAAUAGUAAACUAGACCAACCACACUUGUGUCUAUAAAUACAUGUUCAUUGCAAAAGGUACAUGCAUCCAAAGAAAUCUGAUAUACAUUGAUCAGAGGACAUUCAUUUCAAUUGUUUCAGCAGCUUCUGAGAAUGGAAGAACCAAAUGGUAGCAUGAUGAUGAGUGUGGACAUAGGCUUGGAGAUGCAUAAAGUAGAGGCACCACCUUAUAGAAGCACUUUGAGGAAGUUGCAGACCAGGCUUAAAGAAACCUUCUUUCCUGAUGACCCUCUCAGACAAUUCAAGGGACAGUCUGUGAAAAGGAAGUGGAUUCUUGGAGCUCAGUAUGCUUUCCCCAUCCUCAAAUGGGGUCCUGAAUAUAGUCUCCAAGUUUUCAAAUCCGAUAUCGUUGCUGGCCUCACCAUUGCCAGCUUAGCCAUUCCUCAGGGGAUAAGUUAUGCAAAGCUUGCCAAUCUACCUCCCAUUGUUGGUCUUUAUUCGAGCUUUGUGCCUCCUCUGGUAUAUGCUGUUCUUGGGAGCUCAAGAGACCUUGCAGUAGGCCCGGUUUCGAUAGCAUCUCUUGUAAUGGGAUCAAUGCUGAGGCAACAAGUGAAUCCUGUCACAGAUCAUGUUCUGUUUCUUCAGUUGGCAUUCACAUCAACCUUCUUUGCUGGUCUCUUCCAAGCUUCUUUGGGAUUUUUAAGGCUUGGAUUUAUAAUCGACUUCCUGUCAAAGGCUACACUCAUUGGAUUCAUGGCAGGAGCUGCUAUAAUAGUUUCUCUCCAGCAGCUCAAAGGCCUUCUGGGGAUCACUCAUUUCACCAAAAAAAUGGGUCUGAUUCCAGUAAUAACUUCUGUUUUCCGGGAAACCGACGAGUGGUCUUGGCAAACAAUACUGAUGGGAUUUUGCUUCCUGGUGUUCCUUCUGAUCACCAGACACAUUAGUAUUAAGAAACCAAAGUUAUUUUGGGUUUCUGCUGGAGCUCCUCUUUUAUCAGUCAUCCUCUCCACCCUCUUUGUUUUUCUAUUCAAAGCUCAAGAUCAUGGUGUCAGUGUAAUUGGAAAACUGGAAGAAGGAUUGAACCCUCCUUCAUGGAACAUGCUGCAGUUUCACGGAAGCCACCUUGGUUUAGUCGUGAAAACCGGUCUUAUUACUGGGAUUCUUUCUCUAACCGAAGGUAUUGCGGUUGGAAGAACAUUUGCAGCUCUGAAAAACUAUCAGGUAGAUGGUAACAAAGAGAUGAUUGCAAUUGGUCUUAUGAAUGUGGUUGGCUCCUCAACUUCCUGCUAUGUUACGACAGGUGCAUUCUCUAGAUCAGCGGUGAAUCACAAUGCUGGAGCAAAAACAGCAGCUUCGAACAUAGUUAUGUCAGUAACAGUUAUGGUGACACUCUUGUUCUUGAUGCCACUCUUCCGUUACACACCAAAUGUUGUGCUGGGGGCGAUCAUAGUCACUGCAGUUGUCGGUCUCAUUGAUAUUCCAGCCGCAUAUCAGAUCUGGAAAAUUGAUAAAUUUGAUUUCAUCGUGCUGUUGUGUGCAUUUUUAGGCGUUAUACUUAUCUCUGUCCAGGAAGGGCUAGCUAUUGCUGUAGGAAUAUCCAUACUGAAGGUACUUCUGCAGAUCACCAGACCAAAAAUAGUGAUGCUAGGAAACAUACCUGGUUCAGAUAUUUUCCGGAACAUACACCAGUACAAAGAAGCUGUAAAGAUCCCCGGAUUUCUUGUUCUCAGCAUUGAAGCUCCGAUCAACUUCGCCAACAUUACCUAUCUGAAUGACAGGAUUUCACGGUGGAUAGAGGACUGUGAAGCAGAAGACGAAACUCAAAAAUAUUCUGCACUGGGAUUUGUAAUAUUAGAUUUGUCUGCUGUAAGCGCUAUUGAUACCAGUGGAACCUCCUUCUUCAAGGAUUUGAAGAGGGUACUGGACAAGAAAAGCCUCGAGCUUAUCCUGGUGAAUCCCAUAGGCGAGGUGAUGGAAAAAUUGCAGCGAUCCGAUGAUACACGUGAUCUGGUGAAACCAAAUUCUCUUUUCUUGACUGUUGGAGAGGCGGUGACAAUGCUCAUGUCGAGGAAAAACCAUGUCUAACGGAAUAGCUUUGGAGUCGCAUUUUCAUUGGUAACUUAACUGUAAUAGAAAACAAUCAGAUAUACAUGUGCACAGCCAUUCUGGUACCAAGUGCUAUACAUGGAUUCUAUCAGCAUCAAGUUGGUGGUGUUAUCUUCA